UAGAAGAUGAUGUGGUUCCACUCCAACUUCCAGAAAGCUGCUGGGAAGGAUACGUCUAACAGGAAAGUCCUGCUGCUGGUCUGGAUGUUGCUGCUGUCUGAGCUGACUUGUGAUGCUCACAGCAUGUCUGAGUGCUGCAGACAGCCCUCCCAAUCCUGCCGCCUCUAUGUGCUGCUGUGUCGCUCUGGCAGUAAGACCUUCGGGGGAGCGCUCACAGGUGAUGCUUCUGCUGGAAUCCUCACUUUGGGUAAACGGAAAGAAGACGUGGACCGCUUACAAAGCCGACUGGCCAACCUCCUUCAAGUGUCCAGGAAUCCAGCAGCUGGGAUUCUAACGAUGGGGAAGAGGACUGAAGAGAGGUCUGCAGAUUAUACAGACUGGAUGGCUCAGUCAGGAAUCCCAAUCACAGCACUUAAGCAAAGCUAAAUCACUCACGGCAUGAGCGUACUGGGACUAUUUGCAAUUUUAUUUGAGCUGUGCCCUUUUGAA